AUGCAUGAGUCUAUGUGCAUGUAUACUCCUCAGGCAAAGGUUCAAAGCCAGGUUCAGAGUGUUCAUUGUUCCGCCAUCAUCAGCAUCAUCACCACCAUCAUCACCACCAGCACAUUCCUUCUCUGUUCAUACGCGUGUGAACCUGAACCGAAGCUCGAGAGGGAAGUGCGGCCUUGGGAACAAUGGUGCCCGUACACAGAGAGGGUCACUGCGCUAAUUGGAGUGGCAGGGGUCUGGAAUGUGCCGUACAUCACCGGGGUGUACCUCAUCCAGGGCACCGUGCUGCGAAAUGCUGAGACACGCCCCAACUUUAUCCACAGACUGCUGGAUGCUGACAUGGCCAUGGCUGCCAACAUGAGGGACAAGGGUGUGUUUAUGUACGUGACCAAUCUGGAGGAGUAUGGCCACCUGGUGGACCCGGACUUCUUCCCCACCAAGUACCUGCACAAUGACAUGUGGCAGAUGAAGGCCAACCGCCGUGACUGGGAGCAGCGCUACAUCUCACCCGAGUACUGGCAGGCACUCAACCCAAACACUCUCAACGAAAUGCCAUGCCCUGAUGUGUACUGGUUCCCACUGUUCACCACACGCUUCUGCGAGGAGUUCAUUGCAGUGGCUGAGGAUAAUGGUGGAUGGUCAGAUGGCAGCAAUAAUGACCCCAGACUGGCUGGUGGGUAUGAGAAUGUACCAACUGUUGACAUUCACAUGAACCAGAUAGAGUAUGAACAGGAGUGGCUCUGGAUUCUUCGCCAUUAUGUCAAACCUCUGGCAGAGAAAGUCUUCGUUGGAUAUGAUAGUGAUGCCCGAGCCAUCAUGAACUUCAUUGUGAGGUACAGACCCACAGAGCAGUCCUUCCUGCGUCCCCACCACGACUCUUCAACCUACACCAUCAACAUUGGCCUCAAUCGUCCACACAUUGAUUAUGAGGGAGGUGGCGCUCAUUUCAUCCGGUACAACUGCUCGGUGGUGGACACACGGGUGGGCUGGUCCCUCAUGCACCCCGGCCGCCUCACCCACUACCAUGAGGGCCUGCAGACCACUAGAGGAACACGCUACAUCAUGGUCUCUUUUAUUGAUCCUUGAUUUCUCAGUAUUUUUUAUACCUAAUCCUAUUCUUCGUAUUUGAUCUGAAUUUCUAGUCUGUAAGUUGGUAGCAGUCUACUGACCCUUUAUGUUAUGAUUCUCUGUCUCCAUCAUAGUAUCAAAUUUUACAAAAUGUGUGACAGAUUGAUGUGUAUGAGUGUUCCCAAGGUAUUUUAUAUGACCUGAUGUGGUAAGUUAAAAGCAUCUUAAUGUUUUAUCUUUAUCUGAGAAGGAAAACUUCAUACAAGUCAGAUAUCAUGAAUAGUUACCAGAAUGCCUUAUAUCUCUUAUCUGCUGAUGUAAUACUCACUGACUCAGUUUGUAAUGUGUAACACCUAUACUUAUGUAGUUUGCUGCAGUAUAUGCUGAUGCCAGCCACUGUGAUAGCUUGAUGCCACCCAGCAGCAGGCCAGGCACCAUUACAGAAUAAAAAUGUAAGGUUUAUGGGGGGAAUUAAUUUUUGUCUGUUUGUCAUAAUUUCGAGUGAACAUUUGAAAGAAACAUAUUAAAAGAGUUAUAUUACUGCAGUUAAACUUAAGAAAUAUGAAAUAUAUCUACAUAAAUGUUUAGUAUUGUGGCUGAUGCUGCCAGUGCUUAAGGAAAUCAUAUUUGAUAUUUUACCCUGAAAUCCUGCAGUUAUCCAGAUCUCUAAUCCUGGAUUGUUAUCCUCUUGUGAUUCCAUUUAUUGAUACAAGGUUUAGGAAAGAAAGAAGAGGUAUUCCUUCUCCCUUCACACCAGAGUUUGCAUUCCUGUAAGUCAUAAUGUAUGAGUCUUAGAAAUUGUUAAUAAUAUAAGAUUUUAUAUUUUCCGUAGAAAAUAUCAUUUGCUUCUGUUUUUAUAGUAAUGUAUUGUUUUGUAUUUGUAUUCGUCUGUUAUCUCCAUGUGAAUUUUGUCUGGUGCCAGUCUUGUAUGAUGUCUUACUUAAUUUGUAUCUUUUCAUAAAAUGUACCAUAUUGAGCUUUUUGAUUGCAGCAUUACAAGUCCACCCCAAUUUUUCAUGCAAUGUAGCAAUAUCAGACCCUUUCUAUAAUGCCUCUCCCAUGCACAUUAUUCCACCUGCAGUAUUUGUGCUCUUAAGUUUUAUGUGGUGUAGCUGUGUUUUCUUUUUGAAAAUUCAGUGUAAUGGCAAAGUAAUAGUGUAGGAAAGGGCAUAUUGUAUUAAAGAAUCAAGAAAAGUGUUUUAUGGAAAAUACAUAGUUAUCCCCACCAAAACUUCAAAUGAUGUACGAGUACAUAUAACCAUUAUACUAAUAUCACAAAAAUGCAUUACCAAUAUAAUUAGUGUGCUUUAUAGAAUGGCAACAGAAUGUGUAAAACAUUAAAGUUUAAGACAAUUCUCAUAUCACAAUGAAAAUUACAUUUUUUUAUGUAUGCACACUAGCAAUAUAUCAUAUAUUCAGAAAGGUACACAGCAGUUUGGAGAAUCAUAUUCCUUUAUAUCAUUUUAUGAUUUAUGUAAGAUAUCCAGUGAAUGAAACAGAAAUAUCUACACACAUUACAAGCGUCACAACACACUAUUCCAAUGACAUGAACCUGUCACUUGCUCUGCCUGUAUGUGCCAGGAGGAGGUGCUGCACACUCCCAGCAGUGUGGUGUAUGACAAACAUUACACAGAUGAUCUCGGCCACUUCCCAGGCUGAAAAAACAAGCUGAUGGUGCUACUUAUAGUAAUAUUGUGAUCUUUAUUAUAUUUUUAAGUAGGUAAAACUGUCAAAUCAGUUGCAUAAAUGUUAUGCAUGCCAUAUGUGUAGAAUAUGUGUUCAUUAUAGUAAUAAAACUUUUUACACAGUGUCAUCUUGAUGGAA